CUCAAUAGUCAAUAGUCGUCGAGGUCCAUGGCCAAACCUCUUCGUUCGUUUCUCCAAACUAUCCUUACCCUGACCAAAUUAUGUGUUCUCAAACUUUGAAAGAACCAAAACGCCAUUUUUAAGACGCAAACUGCGACUAUAAUUUUCCGAGCAUUGAUCAUUCCAUUGCCACCGCUCCUCCGCCCGUCGGUUCGCGACUCGUCGUCCGAACUCCUCUCCUCCUCCAUACUUUGCACCCCACGUAGACGAUGAACCUCCAGGAGGUAAUCGACGUCGGCCGCAAUUUCGCCGUCAUGGUUCGGAUCCAAGGCCCUGACCCCAAGGGUUUGAAAAUGCGAAAGCACGCAUUCCACUUGUACAAUUCGGGAAGAACUACAUUAUCAGCUUCUGGAAUGCUUUUGCCACGCUCAUUUGUUAAAGCUUCAGUGGCUAAGCAGUUUGAGGGCGAAGGCGAUUUGCAAUCCGGAGGAGGUUGCAUUUUGGUCAUUACUGUUGCCUCUGUUCUUGAGCAAUUUCUUUCACAGCAGUAUCGAGAUAACAUGUCACAGCUGGAUAGACCCAUGUUGAUACCCGGUGCUCAGAUUGAAAUAUUGAUGGAGGGUAAGGAGGCUCAUGCAAUGACAAACAAGGAGGCUCUAAAUUGGCAACCAGCUGAACUUCUUAGAGUGGUCAAUGUGCCUACAUCGUCUACCGCUAUCCAAUCUCUGGUUGAAACAUCUUCUGGUUCAAUAGAGCACGAUUGGGAAGUUGGUUGGUCUCUAGCUUCCUACGGAACUGGUCAUCAAUCAUUUAUGGAAUCUGCACGAAAGCCGGUAGUUCCUGUAUCUGAAACUCUUUAACUAAAAGGUAGAGCAAGCUUCUUUCCCUAGCAAAACGUAUAUUCUGGAAACAGAAUCCAGUAAUCCAAGUUUGAUGGGCAAAUCAGCAGCCAGAGUUGCUCUUCUCAAAGUUUCUUCCAUUCAGUAUGGGGUAUUGAUGUAUUUUUCAUUCAGAUAGCAAUCUGUACUGCCAAAAGUUGCAUGGCAUAGCACAUGGCUUGACUGAUCUACUGUUGCUACUACUGCUUUGU